AUGACUACUAACAACGAUACAAUAGUCAAUACUAUUCAUCAACUAGAAACACUUCUAUUUCAUGAUGAUACACUGAAUGAAAUACAGUCUCAUCCAUUAAUUAAUCUUCGUGAUCAAUUGCAAAAAAUCGAUGAUGAAUGGAAUUCAAGGACGAUUGAUGAAUAUCAAAAACUUAUGUCUAUUCUUAUUUAUUUUGAAAUAAAUUCCUUUUAUCAUUUUAUCAAACGAUAUUCUUCAAUAAUUCCAUCUACUCUUCUAACAACUCUAUUCGAUGUAAUUCGUUUUCAAAUGUAUAUAAAUAUGGCAAUAUAUCCAGAGUCAUGCGAUUAUUAUUUUGAUUUAUCACUUACUUAUUUAAUUGAUGAUUCAACAAUUAAUUACAUUAUGGAUAAGAAAAACAUUCUAUCAAAUAUAAAUGAACAUUUUCUUAAUUUUUUUACUUCACUUGGUGCACGAUCGCUUUAUACAAAAAGACGUAUUGCUUAUUCAAUAUAUGUUUCACAUAAAAAUAUUCCAACAUUUUUUCAAUUGAAUAAUUCAACAGAGCGACUUUUACAAGCGUUUCUAACGUAUUUAAAUAAUUAUUUUUUAAAUAAUCAUCAACAAUCUCAUGCAUAUCUAUCGAUUUUAAAUUGGAUUCAUAAUAUGGCAGAUAUCUAUGGAUUUGUUCCUUAUUUUAUUAAAAUUGGUUAUCCAAAUGCUAUUAUACAAUGGAUGUUAAGUGAACAAGAUCAUACAAAAAAUAUUUCUCUUGAAUCAUGGUCUUCGAUUAUUAGUAUAUUAUAUAAUCUAGCUCGGCAUCCCAUUGGGGUGAAAGAAUUGAAUGAGUUAAAAAUGAUUGAUAUUCUCCAACAAUGGAAAGAACGAUAUAUGUCCGAAACGUUACUUGUUGAUUAUAAUGAAACCAAUAAAGAGAUUCUUAUAGCUUAUUAUCUUCUUUAUGCAGCAUUAUUGAAACCGAAAGACUUAAAAAAAGAAAGUAUAUCUAAUAUUCAAACAAUUCUCGAUUAUAUUCUUGAACAAACAAUGAAAGCAUUUGAUUCUAAUGAUCUUUGCUUUGGUUCAUAUAAUGUUUGUGAAUAUUUAGACGGACUGGCUAAAUUAAUUGUUAAUGAUACAUUUCUUAUUUAUAUUAUUUCACGUGAAAAUAUCUAUGAAUUAUUGAUUGAAAAAUUUCUUUUAUUUAAUAACAUAUGUGAAUUAACAAUACUUAAUACAACUAUUUGCUCAUCACUUUAUACAAUAUUUUGGUCAAUUAGUUUUCUAUCUGAAUAUAGUAUUAAAUUAAAAUCAAAUGAUGAAUAUGCUUUAGAUAUGAAACGAGCAGCUAAAGGAAUUCUUUUUAAUCUUGAUUGUUUACAAAUAGAUAUACGAUCAAUUGAAGAUAAUCAUAAUCAUAAUAGUGAUGAUAAUCAAAUAAAAGUUAUGAUUUCUUAUUCACAUCAAGACAUGGAAUUUUGUAAAAAUCUUGUUAAAAAAAUUCAAGAACGUUUUCAAUGUGAUAUUUGGGUAGAUUUUAAUAAAUUAUCGCCACCAUAUGAUGAUGAUUGGGAAGAAAUUGCUAAAGCUAUAACUGAAAAUGUAACAAACAAAACUGAUGAAGAAGUUAUGGAAAAUCUGUUAAAAUUAAUUACUGUACGGAAUCAAGUAAAACGAAACGAGAACAAACUUGAUCCUUCACAUCGAUCACAUUUGAAAAAAAUUUCUGAUAUACAAUUGCAAUCAAAUUCUACUGUAUCAGACAUUAUACCUAUUUCUUCAAUUGAAGAAUGGACUUGUGAAGAAGUACAACAAUGGCUUCAUUUACCACUAUCUACUCUUCAACUAUCAUCUGGUCGAGCUUUACUAACAUAUAUGAAUUUAUUAUCACAUGACGAUACACAAUAUGAUGAAUACGAACAUCGAAUGCGUAAUCAUGGUGUAAGUCAAGAACAAUUUUCUAAUUUAAUAUCAUUAUUUGCAUCUGUUCGUUCAUUAAAUGAUACUGAAACAACAUCAUCUAAAUUACCUGAGCAAUGGACACGCAUAGAGAUAAAAUAUUGGUUUCAGCAAAAUCAUUUAUCUGAUGAUUUAUUAAAUGUAUUGAAUUUUAUCGAUGGAUCUCAACUUAUUAUGUAUGGAUAA